AUGGAUAAUUUUGCAGUAAUGGAUGAGCUGUUGUUAUGGGGUCAUAAAAUUGGAUGCAAGUGGCCAUUGGAGUUGGAAUUCAAGUAUGAUAAGAUGAAGGGAAUAUAUGCAGUAUGUAAACAGGACUGUGUAAGACCUGUCAUUGAAGUUCCAAGUGAUGCUAUAAUUACUAAUAAGUUAGCUAUUGAGUAUUUUACUUUGAAUGCCAAUGAGAAAUCUCAAGCGAACAGUUGGUUAAAAUUGCUCUUUGCUAAGAUGGUUUUUGACAAGGAUCCCACUUGGGUUGAUGGGGUUGACAUAAGCAAGAAAUUUCAUCCUUACAUUCAAGCAUUGCCUAAAUUGAUCCAUUCUCCUCUUGUUUGGAAUCCAUCCGAGCUUGAAACACUUCUUGUUGGCACCAAUUUGGGUGGAUCAGUUAAAGAGAAGUUAUGUUCGGUAAUAAAGGAAUGGAUUGUUUUAAUUGAGUCGAGGGAAGAUUUGAAGUCAAAGGUAGAUGGCAAGUAUCUUAUUAACUUUGAAAACUAUAAUGAUCUGGUAUAUGAAGACAUAUACAACAUCUUUGUCAAACCAGUAGAAUUUGAAUUUGCAGAUUUGGUAUGGUUAUCCUUCCCAGCCUUCUUGUACUCGCAUCUGGUUUUCACAUCUAGAGCUUUUCCGGAAUAUGUUAUUGAUAAAAAUGCAAACGAGUUUUCUGUUAUUUUAUUGCCGAUUUUGGAUUUGAUGAACCACAAUUAUAACUCUAAAGUACAAUGGUUCCCCAAAGAGCAUCAGAAUGGCACUUCAUUUUGUUAUCAAUGUUUGGCAGAUAUGAAAGCUGGAGAUGAAUUGGAUAAUAAUUACGGAGGUAAAGGUAAUGAAGAACUAUUGAAUGGAUAUGGAUUUGUCAUAGAUGACAAUAUUUUCGAUACUGUUGCGCUAAGAAUUAAAUUAAGCGAAGAGGAAUUAAUGGAUAUCCUCACAAAUUAUCCUGAUAUCUCUUUGCCAACAAUAGAUGACUACACUACAUUUGCAUUUGAUUUAGAAAGACCUAUAAAAUCAAGAGAAUCAAACGGUUCGAAUAUUGAAACUUAUAAAGAUGGUAUUCUAUAUUUGAUAAAUUCGACAAACACAAAGCCACUGAUUGAUUUGAUAGGGAUAUUUUCAUAUAUCAGACUCAGUAGAGAAUUACAGGAUACCACGCAACGAUAUGAUGAGCUAGCACCGUUUUUGAGCGGUAUUCAAAUGUUAAAAGUCGCAUUGAAACAAAAACUUAAUGGCGCUACUUCUGGGACUGUACUAGAUGAAGAUCAGAUAGUUGAAAUGAACGACUUUAGAGUCCAUUGUUCAAAGGUAUAUAGAGAGUCUCAAAUAAGGAUAUUGAAGGCCGCUAUUUCAAGUCUCAAGUCCAUUGAGAAAACCCAAUUCCGAGAGCAAAAAGGUAGAUUGUUAACCAUCGACAAAAUCAUUAAAUAUGAUACGCGCUUCUAUGAAAAUGAGUUGACAAAUUUAUUUGAAGGCCAGGAAGCUGUAUUUGACUCAGCAUUUGAUCUUUUUGUCAUAUGGAUUAUCAUGAAGUCCACUAAUGGCAGCUUCAUCAAGAAAUAUGAACCCAUUAAGAAGAGUUUUGAGACUUUUAGGCAACAGCCAUUAUCCGUUGAAGAGGAAGAAGCACUUGGUUUCCACAAACACAUUUUAAAUGGCAAGUCUGAUAUUGACAUUUCCACAACACUGUAUGCAAUAGAGUACGUGAAAAGACAUGUGAUUACUAGACUAAACUCUAGAGGUGAGGAAGACGAGACUAUUUUUGUUAUACCAUUAUAA